AUGGAGCUGGAGGGGCAAUGGCGCGAUCUGGACCGUCUGUUGCUGCGACCAGGGAUGCUCGUCGGCCCUGGGUUCGAACCCUCGCCGGAGGCAUGCGUGUCGCAUCAUUACCCAUGGCUGGCAGGAGGAUACACAGUGCUGUGCGGCAGGCGCUGCAGCAGGCAGGCAGUGGGCCCUGUAUCCACGCCGCCUGUGUAUCAUGGUGCGGGGUGGGAUCAGGCGGGCUGGAUUGCACGGUGCUGUGCUGCAGGCCCUGCUGUCAUGCGCGUCGCUCUCCUUCCCCACCCUCGUCUUCUGUCGCCUGCUCGCACAAGUGGCAUCCCACCCCUUCCUCCUCCUGCCCCACACCUACCAGCCGCAUUCGUGACUCACUCAACGGCUCUUUCUCCUCCGUCCCGUUCCCUCCGUUUCCUAACUCUCAUGCUUGCCGUUGCCCCACCAACAUGCCGCACUCUUCCCCAUUCUCCUCCUUUUCCCACUCUCCCCUUUUUCCCACCCUCCCACCUGCCCUAUGCUCCGAAUCUCCGUUUCACCCCGUUCCCACCUCCCACCUGCCGUGUGCUGAUCCGCGACUUCUUGAAGGAGGACUGCCGAGUGCUGGUGGUGGGAGCAGGCGGGCUGGGCUGUGAGCUGCUAAAGGACCUGGUGCUGUCGGGGUUUGGCAGCAUAGACGUGAUUGACAUGGACACUAUCGAUGUGUCAAACCUUAAUAGGCAGUUUCUGUUCCGCAUCGACGUGAUUGACAUGGACACCAUCGACGUCUCCAACCUUAACCGCCAGUUCCUCUUCCGGUGGGUUACAGUGCCACUACAGUGCCACUACAGCGCAGAAACAGUCCUGCUACAGUGCAUGUACUCGGUGGGGUGUGGCAGCAUAGACGUGAUUGACAUGGAUACCAUCGAUGUCUACAACCUCAACCGCCAAUUCCUCUUCUGCCCGUCUGACGUGGGCAAGCCCAAGGCCGUGGUGGCAGCAGAGCAUUUGGCACUCAAAAACCCGGCUGAUGUGGGCAAGCCCAAGGCGGUGGUGGCAGCAGAGCGAGUCAUGAGCCGCGUGGGCGGGGUGAAGGUGACCCCUCACUUCUGUCGCAUAGAGGACAAGCCCGCCUCCUUCUUCAGCGCGUUCAACAUCAUCGUGUUGGGGCUCGACUCGCUGGAGGCACGCUCCUACAUCAACAGCCUCGUGUGCGGCUUCCUAGGCGUCAACAUCAUCUUGGUGGGACUCGACUCGCUGGAGGCACGCUCCUACAUCAACAGCCUCGUCUGUGGCUUCCUAGGUGCGCCCUGUCUGUGGCCUUUUAGUGCCACCCACGUGCAGCAGCCUGCAAUCAUCUCGCGCCUUGAGAUGCAGUCGUUUGGUUGGAUGACUGCCACCCACAUGGAGAUGCAGUCUGCAGGUAAGUGCACGUUGCACUGUCAUGCCUUAAUGUGUACCUUCCUUCCUGCUCUCUAUCUCCACCCCUCCCCACCACCAGAAUACUCGCCUGAUGGCAAGUUAGGCCAGACAUCCAUCCGGCCGAGGGUGGACUGGGCCACGGAGGUCUUUAAGGGGCAUGCGAAGUACUCCCCUGAGGGCGAGCUGGACUUGACCUCCAUUCGGGGGAACGGAGGGCUUCAAGAGGCAUGCGAGGGUGCUCACCCCCCUUUCCUCCACCCCUCCUGCCCCACCCCUGUCUCCGCCCCCUCACCACCAGAGUACCCCCCCGAUGGCGAGCUGGACUUGACCUCCAUCCGCCCCAUGGUGGACGGCGGCACGGAGGGCUUUAAGGGGCAUGCCGGAACCAAGUUCCCCCUCUGCACGCUCGCUGAGACCCCGCGCUCGCCCGCGCACUGCAUUGAAUACGCGAACCUCAUCCAGUGGGGCGAGCAAAUGGGGCGGAGUGGGGCUGCCUGGCCCACACAGUACAUUGAUGCGCACAGCUCCUUCUGCCACCUGUACUUCAUUCGUGUCCCUCUCAUGCCGCUAUCAUGUUUAUUGCUGCUUCUCUCAUGUCAAUCUCCGCUCCCUCCUUCCCCUGCUUCCCCUCCCCUGCUUCCCCUCCCCUGCUUCCCCUCCCCUGCUUCCCCUCCCCUGCUUCCCCUCCCCUGCUUCCCCUCCCCUGCUUCCCCUCCCCUGCUUCCCCUCCCCUGCUUCCCCUCCCCUGCUUCCCCUCCCCUGCUUCCCCUCCCCUGCUUCCCCUCCCCUGCUUCCCCUCCCCUGCUUCCCCUCCCCUGCUUCCCCUCCCCUGCUUCCCCUCCCCUGCUUCCCCUCCCCUGCUUCCCCUCCCCUGCUUCCCUCCCCUGCUUCCCCUCCCCUGCUUCCCCUCCCCUGCUUCCCCUCCCCUGCUUCCCCUCCCCUGCUUCCCCUCCCCUGCUUCCCCUCCCCUGCUUCCCCUCCCCUGCUUCCCCUCCCCUGCUUCCCCUCCCCUGCUUCCCCUCCCCUGCUUCCCCUCCCUGCUUCCCCUUCCCUGCUUCCCCUCCCCUGCUUCCCCUCCCCUGCUUCGCCUCCCCUGCUUCCCCUCCCCUGCUUCCCCUCCCCUGCUUCCCCUCCCCUGCUUCCCCUCCCCUGCUUCCCCUCCCCUUCUUCCCUUCGUUCCCCUCCGGCCGCACGGCCCACCUCCUCUCUGCUCCGCGGCAGGCUCUCAUUCGUGCCCAGCAGCACAGCAUCACAGGCGUCACUCUCUCCCUCACGCAGGGAGUGGUGAAGAACAUUAUCCCUGCUAUAGCAUCAACCAAUGCCAUCAUAUCAGCAGUGUGCGCGCUGGAGACUCUCAAGAUCGCUACAAUGUGCUCCGCAGGGAUGAACAACUACGUGAUGUACGUGGGCACGCAGGGGGUCUACUCACACACUGUCGCAUAUGAGAGGGACCCCGAGUGUCUCAUGUAUGUGGGCACGCAGGGCGUCUACUCACACACUGUGGCAUAUGAGAGGGACCCGGAGUGCCUCGUGUGCAGCGCUGGCGUGCCUGUGACCGUGCCUUCCACAGCCACUCUGCAGCAGUUUAUCGUCCAGCUAUUGGCCGACUCUCGUUUUGCCGCCCGCUUGCAAGCACCGUCCGUCUCUUUCUAUGGAUCCAACCUCUACCUCCGUGCCCCUGCGGUGCUCGAAGAGGCAACUCGGCCGAAUCUUUCCAAGCCACUGAAAGAGCUCAUGGAUGGAGUGGGCUGUGUGAAUGGGGAGGAGGGCGGAGAGAAAAAGGGUGUUUCGGCUGGAGGGGUGUUGAAUGUGAACGAUAAGAAGCUAGCAGGUGUGCUUAGAGUGAGGGUCUCUUUCAAAGACGAACUGUGA